UCAGUCAGUGUUUGGCGGCAGCAGUCCUGGCAUGGCGGGGGGGCUGCUCGGCCUCUGCUCGGCAUCCAGCCGCGGCGAUGUCGUGGUGGCCCAUCCCACUGAUGAAUGGUCCGACACAGUGCGGCCCUUCCGCUGUGGCCGCGCACGGUCAGCAUCGAUGGCCGACAUGGUGGGCGACACGGGACACCUCCACUCGCCCCCAUGGUGGUCCUCCUGAGCGUGUAACGGCCCCCCAGGAGGCAUUAUCAGCUGACUGCACACACACACACACACACAGAGAGACAAAGGGAGAGGCGUGUGCAGUGCAAAGCAGUGGUGGUGACAUUGAUGGCCUUGCUUGAAGGCACUAAUUACGGAGUCAGGAUGGAUGGCUCGUCGCGGCACUUCUGGGGAGAGUAAUCGGUCGAGAAGGGCGUGUGCGUGAAAUGAACCGACCCAGCCUGCACACACACAGACAAACAAGAGAGCUCUCCCUCCGUGUGUGGGCGUCUCUGUGUGUGUGUGCCGGGGGGGUGGGGUGGGAGGUGCUUACGUCAUCCUCGUUAGCCCGUCUGUUGUUUAUCAUGGCGUUGAGGUGUGCGGCGGCGAUCUCGGCUUUGGCCGGGUCGUCGCGGUACUUGAUGACGUCAUCCAGAAAACCCAACUCGCCACGCAGCGUGUCGUGCCUGAUGGAUGCGAUGCGAUGGAUGGGGGGAUGGACCACAUGCAUAUUGACUAACCACUCUCCUCUCUCGUGUGUGUGGGUGUGCAUGGCUUGCCGGUACUGGACUCGCAUGUUGGGAAGGUUGGUGUGCCUGGCUGAGUUGCCUGCCGGCCCCGGCCGCUUGUAGCUGGAACCAAGCCAAUGACGCUUGUACUGAGGCUCGAAGUUGCUGCCCAGACAAUCAAGGCACAGCACAUACCAACCAAUGUCCCUCCCUCCCUCGCCUCGUGUGUGUGUGUGUGUGUGUGCUGUGCGUACCUCAUGAGCACAGACAGCCUGGCGAUUUCACAGAGAUCCACGUUGGACAUCUUCCACACAUGCUGACCUCACACAGACAGAGAGACACCGACAUCCUCCAUCCAUCCAUGAGUGUGUGUGUGUGUGUGGUGGCCUACGGCAGCGAUUGAGUACUCCUCCAGCAGCGGUUCGUCGGUGUAGUGGAACAUGAGAGGGUCGUCGGUCGACAGAGACACGUUCAUGCCGAUCUUGAAGUACUGCGGGAAGGGAUUCUUCGCUGUGUGCCAUAAACACACACACACACACACACAUAAAGAGACGCCUGCCUGCAUUUGUAUGUUUGGGUGCGUGUGCGUGUGUGUAUGUGUAUGUUCCGGGGGGGUGGGGUGGUAGGAUAGCAUAGCAACCACACCAAGUUCCAGGAAGAGUGCGUUGUUUGAGAGCGGCGACAUGGCCAGGCCGAUCUGCUUGAGGUAGAAGAGAUACUGAAGCACCGGGCUCUUCUUCAACUACACAACACAUAGAGGGAGGGAGGCAUUGAGGCACCCAGCCAAGCAGCCACAGCACAGCACAGCCACUCAAUCAAUCCAUCAGCACGUCCCUCACGUACCAUAAUGCCGUGGUUGAUGGACUCGGCCAGCAGGUAUGUGCUCGCCAGGUGGGAUAUCGACCCCGCCUCACCCGAAUGAGGCCUACCACACCCCGAUGACAUGACAUGAGAUUGCGAGGAGAGGCAGACACACAACACAUGCCGGCCGGGUGAUGUGAUGCCAGGUGGUGUCUGUCUGUGUGUGCCGUGUCGUGCGUGCCACGGACCUGUAGGCCAUAGUGCGCAAUCCCCUGGCGGUGAGCAGCUCGUUCAGAGCCCGGAUGUUGGCGUACAUGUAAUACAUCCUACAGAUAGAUAGAUAACCACACACCCCGUGGUGUGUUGUGUUGACUUUGACUGACUGACUGACCAGUAUGAGUAUGGCGGGUUGUGUGGCUGCGUCCAGUCCUCAGGGUCGGGCAGCUCACCGCCCUCGGUGGUGAACUUUGACAUGACCGACUCGUCGUCGACUGAGUCCCAGCCAGUCACCUGCACAUGUGGAUGGAUGAAUCGAUGGAUGGAUGGAUGGGUGGACAACACAAACACACACCGAGCGGCAUGUCCGUCUGUCUGUCUGUCUGACCUGGUGGAGCGCCAUGAAGACGUCCCGGUUGGCUUCUGGGUUGACGACCGCCUCGAACACGGGCCUAGAAUCAAGGUUGACAACAUACAUACGAGUGUAGUGUCCUGCUGUCUGUGUGGCUGUGUGUGUUGGUCUGGUGUGUGGCUCCCUCCCUCACUGGAAGAUGUUCCUGAGCAUGUCGGCGAAUGUGUUGACGACGCCCAUCUUCUUGUAGAGCCCAAACAACCGGGGCACCUGGAUCAUCCACCGCAC